GUUGCUUGUCUAAUACGGGUUCCUUCUGAAGUUGUGAAACAGAGGGCGCAAGUCUCUUCCUCCUCCAGUACAUUACGGAUCCUUUCCAGCACCGUGCGUGAAGAGGGUAUUCUGGGACUCUACCGAGGUUAUAAAAGCACGGUAUUAAGAGAGAUUCCUUUCUCACUUGUACAGUUUCCUCUGUGGGAAUACUUAAAGGAUCUCUGGUCAUGGAAGCAAGGACACGUGGUGGAUUCUUGGCAGUCGGCAGUCUGCGGAGCUUUUGCAGGUGGAUUUGCAGCUGCAGUCACCACCCCUCUGGAUGUAGCCAAGACAAGAAUUAUGCUGGCUAAGACUGGUUCCAGAAAUGCAAGUGGGAAUGUAUUGUCAGCUCUGCAUGGAGUUUGGAGAACCCAAGGGGUGUCUGGAUUGUUUGCCGGCGCUGUCCCUCGAAUAUCUGCCAUCAGUCUCGGAGGCUUCAUCUUCCUUGGAGCGUAUGACAAGAUACGCAGUUUGCUGGUAUGAGCUGGCUCUGGGACGCUUGAAACAAACAGCUGAGGAGCUGAAUCCUGCCCCCCCCUCCCUUAAAGGGAGAAAGCACAUUUGUGAAAGUUGUUUACUUGCUUUCCACAAAUUCCACCCUUCUCUCCUUCUCCUGUCUCUGUGGCUCAGCAGCUGUUCAACAGCCUGGACUCUAUUCCAACUCUUUAAACAAGAACACACACACACACACAUAAUUCCAUUUCCCUAAUAUAAAAUUUCUGUGUAUGGAAACCCCUGUUCUCGUGGUGAGCUCAUUGGAAGGGAGCCUGCCAAGACAGGCAACUUUGGGGGGCCAACGACUGGCUCAUUUUUAUGGGCUCCAGCCUUGUGCCUGAAAGGAUCAUUAUUAGAACUCAUUUGAGAAGAAUGAUGUGCAAACGAGAAGAACAUGGCCUGCGCAGCAUGGCAGGCAUUUUUUUAAAAAAGCUUUCCUUUAUUUUUGUGGCACCAAAACCACUUACGACACUGAAGAGGACGCCACCGCUUGCCUCUAAAGAGAGAUCAGGCCUGCUGUGCUCCAGAGGACAGGCGGAAGAAGCUCUAGGCAGGUUGCUUU